AUGCGUGUUAGUAUUGAUAAAAACACUCCGGUUGUAUAUCAGGAAAGUGUUAUUCGUAGAGUUGCAAUUUUAGGAAAUAUAACGCCUAGGAAGAGGAAAUCCUUAGAGAGAGAUUGUUCAACAACGGUGGAUCCAGUUAUGGCUUCCUCAACGAAGAAACCAAUCUUCAUCAUAGAUCUGUCUGGACAAAAGUCAAACCCAGUGAUUCCUGAUUCGUUUGUUUUGAAUCACUUAAAGGGUAACAUUCAGUCUACAAAACUGAAACUUACUUCGGACGCUUCGGACAGAACAUGGGAGGUUGAGUUGGACGGUCAGAGAUUCACCCGCGGAUGGAAACAUUUCUCUGAUCACCACUAUAUAUUAAACGACGACGUUUUGAGUUUCAGGCGCGACGGGGACAUGGUCUUUCACGUUACACCCUUCGGACGCAGUUUCUCUCAGCAGAUUCAGUUCAUCUCGUCUACCUCUGAAGCUGAAAAUGAUGGUUCCGAUGAUGAUGAUGAACACAAUAUCUUUGAUGAUGAUGUUUACGAUGAUGAUGAUGCAACCUCGGAAGAGAAACUGUAUCCAAAUAAAACAUCGUUGAAGAAGAGAGCAAGAACAGAAACAGAGUCUUCAUCAGAAAACACUUAUCUUGUUGCGCACGUCACACCUUCAAACCUAAGUCGAAACCAUAUGUAUCUUCCAAGCAAAUUUGCGAGGUCGAAUGGUCUGAACAACAGACAGUGUGAGAUCGAUCUAAGGAACGAACAUGGAAAGUCUUGGACUCUGGAUCUUAGACACAACAAAACAACUGGUCAAUCAUUUGUCCGUAAUGGUUGGACAAGUUUCUGCAAAUUAAAUGGUAUCAAAGCUGAAUCUUUCUGUAGAUUCAAACUUGUCCAAAACGGAACAAAACCUGCGCUACAGUUGUGUCCCAACACUGAAGUUGGUGAGAUUGAAUCCGAGGACUGCUCAGACCCUGCUUCAAUGAAUCAGAACAGGACUGUGGCAUUACAACUUAAACCUUACAUGUUUAAGUCAGGUCGACUUCGAGUACCUGCACCAUUCGGAAGAGCUAAUGGGAUCAAGGAAGUGGGAAAUAUAACUAUAGUGAACAAAGAUGGCGUGGAGUGGAAGUUACAUCUAUGUCACAUGAAGGGAAGUGAGCUAUUCUACAUUAGAGGUUUAAGAGAUUGCUUUGUAGCCAAUGGCAUAAAGAAAGUUGGGGAUUCCUUCACACUAGAGGCUAUCAGAGGAGGAGCUAAUCCUAUUCUCAAGAUCAGCUCCAAGGAAGCAUCAUUUGAUGGCUCUAAGACUCCACAGCCAAGGAUGAUUCAGGUGUCACGAGCUGAAGAAGAAAAGGAAACUGGAGUUCAAAAGAAAGCUAGAGUUUCUGCAGAAGGAGAACCAUCUCACCGCACUAGGGCAUCAAAGAGAUCAAGUGCUGCUCCAAAAACCUUGCAGGGCAAGCAACCUCUUCAACCCUGCUCAAUCUCUGAUCAGGUAACAAAGGUGAAGCAGAGUGUUGUGGAUGCUUUAACCGAUGUAAGACAGUUUCGGUCAGAGCUCGAGAUAAAGGAACGUAAUCUAGAAGCUGCGCUGCUGGAAAUUGAUGUGUUAGGGGAAAAGAUAAUGGGAAUCAGCAAACUCUUCAACAUCAAUCAAGUCUAA